AUGUCCGGUGACGAAUGCGCUGGUGAAUGGAAAACUUCUCGGUCGCGUAAGGACAAAAAGAAGGACGAGAAUUCUCUCGCUUCGGAUGUGGUCUCGUCUUCUACUAUGACUACAAAGCGGGGUCCUGAUACCAACAUGAAAGUGUUGCCCAAGCCGCCUAAGUCGGUCAAUGAGAAGAAUAUCCAGCCUGUGAAGAGCCGCGUCUUGAUGGAGUCCAAUGUUUCGUCGCGUCACGAUUCUGGAAGCGAUAAUAAGGAUCGUCAAGUUCCGCAUAAGUUGUCUGGCGGCGAAAACAAGCCCGUAGUGCGUAAUCCGGAUAAGGGUGAGACAAUCUCGUCCGUGUUGAAACGUGCGUGUGCUGACUCCCAGUCCCCUAUGCGGUUCGAUCCUGAUAGUCCCGAUUACCACAGAAAAUUUCCGCCUGUUGCUUCGUCAAUUAAAGGGCCCUCUACGACUCAGCGUGCUUCUGACAAUAUGCGUGUUCCUCAGAAGGUUUCUAGUUCCAAGGAUGCAAAGCCACUGAAGAAGAAACCCUCGCGAAGUAUUGCCAAGUCUAAAAAGCCUUCUACGAUCGAUAGCGUUGAUAAUAAGCGUUGUCCUCAGAUGCCUCCUCGUUCCAAGGAUGGUAAGGUAACGAAGAACAAACCCCGCGAACUUGCUGAUUCUGCCUCGUCUCGACCUUUGAAGACUGUUAGUGCUGGUACUACUACCGCUGCCGCGUCCUCUACCACUCGCGUUUCUGAAAAGAAAAAAACUCAUGGCGCGGUUUCCUCUGUACUCAUUCCGAAAAAGAAGAAAACGGUUGCGAAGAAUGAACUUAUCAAACUUCCUCCCAAGAAAGUUUCGAGUAAUGAAUUGCCGGUUUACUCGAAUUUUCCUACCGUCAAAGAGAGCAUGAAACGAGUUGAGAUGGCUGACAAAUUGCAAGAGAAGAUUGAUGAGGCUGAGCUCGAUCGAACUACUAAGAACAAGCUUUUUAAGAAGCCGAAAUCGAAAGGUUCCGGCAGUGUCGCAUCUCGUGCCUUUUCCCGAGUAAAGAGCUUCGGUGAGACGGUCAGCGCUACUGUAUCUGGUGCUUUCAAAAAGAAGGAACGGAAAGUGGCUGCUCUGGCUGACGAUGGUGAGAUUAUGGAUGAGAUUAUUUAUGGACCUGAUAUUGCUCCUGUUGACAAAACUAUGAAACGGCGUCGCAAUGAAUCAUCUAAUGCUAGUAAACGGGUUGUUCAUAAGAAAGAACGAUUGAAGACCCCUGCACCUUUACGUAAGAAUGAGCUGAGUAGUUCCGGCCAGUCGGUGUCUAGCGGCUCGAAAAGAUCCCCGCAUUCUAUGAAAACAUCUACUAGCGGUCAACAGCCUGUUGGUAAAGUGCGCGAUGGUCAGCUGAGUAGUUCCGGUCAGUCGGUAUCCAGCGGCUCGAAAAGAUCCCCGCAUUCUACAAAAACAUCUACUCGCGGUCAACCACCUGUAGCUAAAGCGCGCGAUGGUCAACUGAGUAGUUCCGGUCAGUCGGUGUCAAGCGGCUCGAAAAGAUCCUUGAAUUCUACAAAAACAUCUACUAGCGGCAAGUCAUCUAUUGGUAAAGUGCGCGAUAGUACAACCACAACUCCUGCUCCAUCAAGAAAAAAAAAACGUAACUGUAUCGCUGUUCAAAGCAAGAAAGAUUCUUCCGUUGGACAAAAGCCCGUUGAUCGUCUACCUCCUAUCAUUCACCAUGCGGAUAUCUCUGAGCUGCUUAUUUCUUCUGAAAGCGAAGAAAGUGUAGCUCCUCAAAAUGAAGACACUGAUGAUCUUCAAGGGGAAGAUGAUGAAGUUUUUCAUCAAGAUGUUCUCGAUAGGCACCGUACCCAGCGUGCUGAUUACUUUGAGGCGCGUCGCGCUGUUGAAACUGAGCUGGCUGAACCGUCUAAAAAAACAUGCGAAUUUGUUAAACUUCCCCCCGUUCCUUGCUACAAUCUGAAGGCUAUGAAGUGGAGGGAAUUCAUCGCUGGAAAAUUCUCUGAUAUCACGAUGUAUUUAUCUUCCCCUCCGCAGAUAAUCCGUUUUUAUUCUGACGGGUCCAAGCUGAUGAAUUUUAUUCUUCGCGAACAUGAUGGCUACAGACUUUUCGCGGUGAAACAAGUCUACUUCGAUCAUGACGAUGAUAUCUAUUAUCUCAUCUUACGGUGCAAACGCGAUAAAGUUUACGAUGUAACUAAGGCUUCUCGUCCAUUUUCUCCUGAUGGAAACUACGAUCCUAAAUCUACGUGGACAGAAAAUGUACAUUAUAUUUCGAAAGACCAGAAGACUAUCUCCGAAUGGAAAUUUGUAGAAUCUCAAAAUCUUUUGAACGCGGACGAAUCGAAGAAAAAAUGCGAUAAAACUUACAAAUUUGCUAUUCUUGAUGACAGCAUUGUCUAUCAAAAGUCGAAGAACAAUACGUCCCUGACGAUUUACCAGGAGAGGACUAAAGAAAUUGGUGGCUUACUUUACGCAAUUCCGAGACGUCGUGUCACGAAACCCCAUUGUUGCAAGCCUCUCAAUGAGGAUAAUGAUAUGCGGCCGGCUGUGAUGGGGGUUAUGUCCGAUUUAGCGAAGAUGCAUUACACUGUUGAUGUUUACCGUGAAGUUGAAACUCUUUGUGAUACUUUCAACUUUAACCCUCCCAAUGGCAUGCGUGAUUUCGUAACGCAAAUCCGGAAUAAAAUUCAGUAUCGCAAUCAGAAGAAUUGGAAGACAAAAUCUACCGUCUGCCCUUCGGUUCAUCUAGAACACAUGAAGAUAUCGUUUCGGUCUUCUCCUGCGAGAGUUAUGAAAGAAGUCACGGUUUUCGACGAAGAAAAGCAUAAGGAGUAUCUUCUGGGAUGUUUUCGUCAUCACGUUGCAAUCUACUGGAAUGAAGAUUGUCAAGUCAUCAGCGCGGACGGUACAUUUAAAUCCGCUGGUCUUUACACGCAGUACUAUCUGAUUUCUCUGGAUUUUUGGGUGUCUGACGAGAAGUGUGCCUCUAUCUUAUGCUGGCACGGCUAUUCAAAUCAACGGGAUGAAAUUUUCUAUGAGCGUGUAUUCGAUAAACUCUUCACUGAUGUCAAAGCUUGCGGCAAGAAAAUAGGGCGGGUUAAAUUAAAGAUCGAUAUGGAGCUUGCGGCGAAAAAUGGGUUCAAGUUAGCCGCGGCGAAGCAUGGCGUAUGCGUGAAUUCACCGGUUUUGUCGUGUAAUUAUCACAGCUGGUGUAAUCUACGGCGAUUUGUAUCUGGUCACAGCGGUCGUAAACGAUUAUCCAACUAUCAUUACAAGACGAUGAAUCAUUUGAUGGCUUGCAAAUUCGUCCACCCUGGAAUCGUUAUCAACUUGAUUCACAAAAUCGGCGAACAUGCGCGUUUUUCAUGGCGGAAUAAACUCGCAAUAACCGGCAAGAAGAAGAAGAACGAUGAUCAAUCGUAUUACUUUCCCGAUGGAAAAACUAAAUCGGUCGAUGACUUUGUGGAUGAAAUUGUGGAAUACUGGACUUUGAUGUUCAGCGGAGAGACUCUGGAAAGUUAUUCAUGGUACAACGAAGUCGAGAAGGACAAGAAUUUUGUCGUCGGCUUCGAUAUGACCACGAAUUCAAAUGAGGCGAAGCACAGCUCAAUUAAUCGGAUGCACAUGCGGUAUGUUGUGAAACGCGCGAAAACCAUCACGCCGUACAUCGAAAAUAAUUCGCGAUGGUUGAAGGAACAUUUUACCGAGACUUCAUGCGGCAAAUUUACAUAUCGAAAUGAAACUACAGAAGAACUGAACUCGGUUAACACCAUUUAUUGUCUUGUUGAAUGGUCGAAAAAGAUUGCAAUGCGGGAGGACAAGACUAUCACCCCGGGAGAUUUUGAUCGAUUUGUAUCUAUUCUUCGCGAUCUUACCAUUGUCAAAGAUGUUGGCGGUUCAUUGGAAGAAUUUGUGGUCCCCCCUCCAUCUCUUGGAAAUCUCUUUAAACCUGAUGCGACUAUCAACCCUAUUCCAAUGGAAGAAUUUGAAUGCUUUGGCCCGGAAGACUCUGUUGAUACGUCACAAUUUGCAGAACUUAUUGACGAAGAACUUAUCAAUUCUGUAUCUCAUUCGGUUAAUGAUGAUGCUGAGAUUGACCUUGGUCCGGGAUUUCAGGAAAAACUUGCUUCUUCUAUUGCGAAUGAUCGAAUGACAGCUAACUCCGCAGCUGAUGACUUCAAUCCCGAUGUUCCUUCUACCUCAGAGAAAAUUAAUGACUUAUUCAUUCCAGCUGUUUCCGCGGCUAAAAAGAAAACUCGCACCUCAAAGACGCAGAUAACCAACUCCGCGGUAGUUUCUCACGAUCACAUUGAUGAUGUACCAGCUAUUUCCGCGACAAAAAAGCUGACAUGCAGUCAGAAGAGCCCAGAGACUGUUCCCGAAUCUACCUGUGUGGCUUCUUCCAGUUCGUCCACUACUUUCUUAUCUCCGCUGUCAAGGCAGAUGAGUGAAUUUUCGCUUGCCUCGCCUGAUCCCUAUUCGUCUCUGGUUGAUGCGCCCAUUAUUUUGGCUCGAUCCGUGGAAAAUGAUGAUUCGCAACUAUCGAAAGCUUGCUCAUCGAUUGGCGCUUCCAAAACGCUUGCUGAAGAAUGUCCCACUCAAGAUGAAAUUUGUACUGAUGAGCAUGCUGCCCCAGUUUCCUCUCCUAUGCGUAUGGAUUCGGUUCUUUCGCAUCCUUUCAGCGAUUCACCAAUUGAAGAUGUUCAUCCUUUGGGCGAUGAUAGCGAAAGAUCCUAUGAUUCCGAUUCUGAAGGAUCACUUCGUGAUUUUAUCGAUCAAGAUGAAGCUGUCGAGAGUGAUAGAAGCUAUAAUGGUAACAGUGGUGAUGAAUGUGGAGAGUCAGAGUAUGAGAGCGACGAAUAUUUUGAAGAUGGUGAUGAAUACGACGAUAGCAAUCAUGGCGAGGGUGAUGAGUAUGCAAAUGACGCGGAGCUGAACGAACGCCAUGAGUCUCAUGAUCCUAUCGAGUCAAAUAAUCGGAAUAACGAAGGUGAUAGUGACGCAGAGAGAGAAGAAAUGCCGGACAGCUAUCGUGAUUCCGAGGUAUAUGAUUCUGAUGAGUCUGACUACGAAGAUUACCCCCCGCGGAAAUCUGUUGCGGUGGUGGUGAGCGAUUCUUCCGAUGAGCAGCUGCAAGAUGACGCGGGGUCCAACAAACGCCAUGAGUGCAAUGAUUCUACCCAGGCAAACAAUCUGAGCGACGAAGGUGACAAUCACUCAGAGGGAGAUGAAAUUCUAGGCGGCUAUCGUGACUCUGAGGUAUAUGUUUCCGGUGAGUCCGACUACGAAGACGACUCCCCGCGGAAAUCUGAUGCGGUGAGCGACUCAUCUGAUGAGCCGCUGCAAUAUGACGGUCAAUCGUUUGCAACCGAUGAUGACUAUGAAGAAUACGUCUAUGAUUAUAAGUCGGGAGAACAGUCCCUCUCUGAUGAUGAAUAA